CCAGCCUCAUCUGGUUUCUCAGAGCCUCCACUCUGUUUUCUCCACACACACACGGAGACACACACACACAAACACAGAGGCAUGAUAUGGUCCGGGGUACUCAGCUGUGCAUAUUUCUCUUAGAGGGGUCGAGGAGCAAGAUAUGGACUUUAGCCAAAAGAGGCAUUGAAAACCGCUUGACUGCUUGGACUGGAUCCCUCACAGCUGACCUGGGAAAACUGAAAGGGGGGAAGUGAAAUUGUGUGACGCAAGGGCACAUCGAGUUCCAUGAUGGCAAUCCCAAAUUACCUUUUCAACUCAACCUCCUCCCCCUAUUCAUGGACAGAGAUCCAUCAAAACACCUCUGCUCUCCCCUGCACAGACUGGCUUCCUAUACCGAUGACCACAGUCAUCCCCGCCAUCUACAGCGUCAUCUGUGUGCUGGGCACCGUAGGCAACGCCCUGGCAGUGUGGGUUUUGGCCAAUGCGAGCGCCUCAAGGAGAACUGUGGCUAACACUUUUAUGCUGAACCUGUGUGUGUCUGACCUGCUCUUCCUGCUCUCUCUCCCACUGUGGGCCGUCUACUACUCCCGGGGCUACAGCUGGCCCUUUGGCCAGGUUGCCUGCAAAGUCUGCGGAGCUCUCCUCAACCUCAACCUGUACGCGUCAAUCUUCUUCAUCACGUGCAUGAGCAUGGACCGCUACCUUGCCAUUGUGCGUCCGCUGCGCUCCCAGAGUGCACGAUACCCCAAACGUGCCAGGCUCACGUGCAUCCUGGUGUGGGUGCUUGCGUGUGCUUGCUCAGCCCCAAACUUGUAUCUGAGGAACACUUUCUUCCUGGAUGGGUCCAGCGUGGAGGCGUGUGUGAUUGUCUAUCCCAAUCAUAACUGGUACCUGACCCUGGUCUGGAUGAAGAUUGCUCUGGCCUUCCUGCUGCCGCUGUUUGUCAUCUCUUGUUGUUACUGGGCUAUUGGUAGACAUUUGUUGGCUGAUACAGGGCUAGGAAGAAUGCAGACUCCGUCGCACCCCUGCAACAUGUCCUCUUUUAAAUCACUGGGGUCCAAGGAGAGCUGCAGUAAACCAGAGAGACCCCCGACCCCUUGUGUGUGUCCCAACUCCAGCGGGGGCAGACCCCUGGAGGGCAGGGGGCUGGUGCGAGUGUUGUGGACAGUAGCUGCGGUGGUCCUGGCAUUCUUCAUCUGCUGGUUCCCCUUCCACUGUGUGACCUUCUUGGACGUGCUAAUGAACGAUGGCGAGUUGAACAGCUGCGGGGUGAACUGGACAAUCCACAACCUCACCCCUCUGACCCUCUGCUUGGGCUUCUCCAACUCGGCCAUCAACCCUGUGCUCUACUGCUUCAUCGGAAACCAUUUCCGGGGCCGUCUCGGGGGACUCUGCAAGAGUCUGUGUGCCUGUCUGAAGACCAGCGGGGACGAUCACAACCAGAAGAGAGGCUCCUUCAGCACUAGGCUGAGCUCCUUCUCCCGAAAACUCAGUGACUUGAAAGAUCUGGCCAUUCUGGAGCCGUCUGGUCCGACCUAAACGGCCCCCGAGGGGAGGCUUUCCCCUUCCCUUUGCUGGCUUCACACCCCAAAGAGUGAUGCCAACGUCAAGUGACGGCUGAACUCCCCUGAAGCAUAGAUGUGUGACACAGAGCUGUUAAUACAACUCCAGAGUCAAAUUCCAGCAGAGCUCAAUGCUGCCCUACAAAAGAUGACACUGAGGAAAAAAGGUUUAAAGUUUUGAAGCAAACCGUGUAGCAAACAGAUCAAUUAUAUAUUUCAUGCCUUCACUGCCGCAGCAGGCAGCUGUUUUCAGCUAAAAAGCCUUCAAAAUCUACUGUAGGCUACACAAUUCGCUCAGCACCAAACGCCACACAGACAGUUUCAACGAGCUGGUGAACAUCGUGGAGCAUUUAGCAGACAAAGAGGCAGACGCUUCCCUCAGGAGUUGGUAGAGACCAAAAAAGCUCAAACAGAGUGAAUAUCUGACUCACGUUCAUCAGCUGGCCAAAAAUGUGACUCCAGACAAAUGAUACAUUUGCUCCUGCUGGGUGUGUAAUUAUGCAACUGUUUGCUAACAACUGGCUAUCAACUGAAAGGUGAUGAUGUGUCUGUGUUGUGUUCACAAAAUUCCCUCAUGUGGUUAAAAAAUUAUAAUUUAAUGCAAGUUUGAAGGUGCAGGAAAAAACCUAGUCAAGAAGGGCAUCAGUAGUUACAGCUGCUCUGCAAAGCUAAGGCUAGAAAUAUUUCUGCAGCAGCAGUUUAGCUGCUGAUACUUUCUUUGUUUCUUCAGCGUGUUUGGAUUCAGCUUCUGCCUCAUUUAUGGUAGGAAACACUUCAUUACAAAGAUGUUGGAUUUUCACAGGGAAACGUAUUCAAGUUUAGUGUUAGCGUUUAGCCGUGGCUCAACAGCUCGCUUCAAUGUCAGCUCUAGGUUGUAGUUUUGCUAACUAUGAUGUUUUCUCUGAAAUUGUACUAUGGCGUAAUAAUAUUUUCUUAGGCAAAACAUUUUUAUAUGGUAACUCUAUUUUGACCGAAUGUGUGGUUACUGCAUUUUGGCUUUGUAGGGCAGAAACAUGAGAUAGGCCGACAGAUGUAUAAUGAUAAUUAUUAACCAGUCAUAAUAAUGCUACUUUUACAUUCCUUUUUUGGGACCAAGAUAUAAUAAGUGUAAUCAUGUUAUAUUUCUAUGGUAUUAUUCUGUAAAGACAGUUUAGGAAAAAUUCAUUUCUUUGACUGAUUAAGAAAUAAAGUUGACAAUAUUUCCAAACAAA